AAACUCGAGCAUCUCUGGGAGCACGAGGGGAAUGUACCAAGUGUCAGAGCGACGUUCCUCUCCCAGCACAGGAGCAUCAGGGAGGAUCAAGUCUGUCUCGCAAGGCUCUGGAGGUUACGACAGUGAUAGCGUUGAGAUGCAUCCCAUGGAGGACUGUCCUGAAGCUCAGUACUAUCACAUGCAGUGCCGGUUGAAUGAGGGGGGUUACGAACGCUCACCCGGAUGCGGCUCGAGAAACUGGGGUCUUCGUAAACAGGCUAUCCAGAACUGGCAGCGGCGACCUUACAGGAACAGCACUGAAGGCGAGGAGGGAGACGUAUCUGAUGUGGGUUCCCGAACCACCGAGUCUGAAGUGGAGAUGUGGGAGCAAGAGAGGAGGGCUGUGGCGGAAGUCCAGCAGUCUGCUGCGCCCUAUUCUCACAGCAGAGCAGCAUACCGCCCCAACGCCGGUCGGUCUGAAGGCGUCUACAGCAAGCCAUGCAGACAUGAAAAGAGUCCUUCCAAAUCCAAUGAGGUGAUCAGUCCAGAGAUCCUGAAGAUACGUGCAGCCCUCUUUUGUAUCUUCACCUACCUGGAUACUAAGACCCUGCUGAGAGCUGCCGAGGUCUGCCGCAAUUGGAAGUUUGUGGCCCGCCACCCAGCCGUGUGGACCAGAGUGCUGCUAGAGAACGCUCGCAUCUCUUCCAAGUUUCUUAGCACAAUGUCUCAGUGGUGCACUCAGACGCACUCUCUGAUCCUGCAAAACCUUAAACCAAGACAGCGGGGCAAGAAGGAAACCAAGGAGGAUUACCUGAAAAGCACACGUGGCUGUCUGGAGGAGGGUCUAGAGGCGUUGUUAAAGGCCACAGGAAGUAACCUGCUGAUACUGAAGAUUUCACACUGCCCCAACCUGCUGACUGAUCGCUCCCUUUGGCUGGCCAGCUGCUACUGCCGAGCCCUUCAGGCUGUAACAUACAGGAGUGCCACAGAUCCAGUUGGGCAGGAGGUUAUCUGGGCCCUUGGAGCUGGAUGUAGAGACAUUAUAUCCCUACAGGUGGCGCCAUUACAUCCAUGCCAACAACCCGCUCGCUUCAGUAACCGUUGUCUGCAGACCAUUGGAAGAUGCUGGCCGCACCUCCGUGCUCUUGGUGUGGGCGGUGCUGGGUGUGGGAUUCAGGGACUGGCCUCAUUGGCGAGGAACUGCAUGCGCCUGCAGGUGUUAGAGUUGGACCAUGUGAGUGAAAUCAACCAGGAGGUGGCAGCAGAGGUUUGCAGAGAGGGCUUGAAGGGCCUCGAGAUGCUGGUGCUCACCUCCACACCAGUCACCCCGAAAGCCCUGCUCCACUUCAACAGUGUUUGCCGCAACCUCAAAUCCAUUGUGGUUCAGAUUGGUAUAGAAGAUUACUUUGAGGACCCGAACAGCCCAGAAGCUAGAAAACUGUUUGAUGAGAUGGUUAACAAGCUCCAGGCUCUAAAGAAGAGACCCGGCUUCUCCAAAAUCCUCCACGUGAAAGCAGACAGUCUCUGCUAACGUCUUUUGUGCAGGUUCCUCAAGCCUUGGAGAGGGUGCCAUCACGGCUCCAGUCAAUCAAAAAGACCCAGCUGUUCCUGGAGUUGAAUGCGUCUGCAGCAUCGUGAAGUAGUAUUGAGGGCUCAGUGUGCAUUUUGCUAAAGUACAAAUCUAAGACAGAAAAACUUGAUACAGUUAUCUCGUUAAUAUCGGUUAGCCAGUUUGACUUGCAGCGGCACUAUGUAUCAGAAAGGGGGGCUUGUUUUAAACCUGACAAACUCAAGAAACGCAACAGCUUACUCUAAAUUUUCCUUUGCAGUAACCUUUUUGCUUUUUCCAUUCAAAAAAGUGGUUUCUGUCAUUGCACAGAGCAGAUCCCUUUUAUUGCAACCCUUGAAGCCACACGACAGCACUUUUUAGCUGUCCGCAUCCACACAGUGCUCGAUGUAGACUAACACCAACAGCUGACGGGCUGCAGACCAUGAUCACAGGCAAAUGUGACUUCUCUUAUUCAAGUUCACGUUGUGUUUGUGUCUGCGUGGAUGACUUAAACACAUAAAUGGAAAUUGUGACAAAGUACUGGAUCAAGCCUGUACAUUGAAACUGGACAAUGGAUGACUUUGAACACUUACUGCUUCCACCCAGAACAGAAAUAUGCUGCACCAGCUGCGGGUUCUGUGGACAGAGCGCAAAGGACAGCCACACACACACACAGACCUGCAGUCUUCUAAACACUGCCUGGCAGUGAUGCAUUUUGCCUCCUCUUCUCUAACAUCCUCUGUUUCCAUAUGUUUUAAAAAAAACAAAAACAAACAAGGUCACGAAUCUUGUGUUUUUAAAUAUUUGGGCCUUUUCAUCCCAGACAGCAGGAUUUAAUACCUGACGUUACCGGUGCCAUUCGUAACAGUGUCCUCAUUCCAGUGAGCGUUUUCUCCAAUGUGCCAUUAACGAGGGGGAAAGGGGGACCAAGUGUUUGAUCACUAAAAUCAAAAGCAGUGUUGACGUUUAAUUUAAAUGUGUGUGAAUUUAAGGCGUUGUGUUUCAUAUGGGACAAAGUCUCCAGGUGUCGUAGAGUUUGGACGUCAUCCGACUUUCUUCGUUUGCCACCUGAAUCAGUGCCAUUCCCGUUCACGGAGCUUCUCGUGGCCAAAGCUCUUGUGUGAUCCCUCAUUUGUAUUCAUUUAACAUUAACGUCCUCUGCCUCCCUCUGCUGGUGAUUCCAUGCAGAUGCAGCGCUGACGUGCAGCUGGCGUUACGUGACACUUUGUACCCUUUGCAGCAUGGAACAAGGAUCACCUUUUACUAUUUUGCAGACAUACGGGAUCAGGUCUUCGGUGUCACCUUUAAAAUUGGAAAAGCGACCUGACUACAGUUUAGCGUAUGUUUUGGAAAUCCUCAAGAAGUAUGAGUAGCAAUACCUGCAGUAGUUAAACUUACUGUGUUCACUUUCUGUGCUGCAAAUAGCUUAAAAGGGAGGAGCUCCAGUGAUUUUUAUACAGCCAGAUCACCCGUAUACACACAGAGAUACACACAGUAACACAGCCUGUGAAAACAGUAUCUUAAUAUAUGCCGAGGCUCUGCAGGAGCGUUGUCCUGUCUGAGAAAAUAGAAAUUGUGAUCUGGUGGUUAUCUCACAUUUCUAACAGAAAACCUGGGAUCUGAACUGUGGGUGUAAAAAGAUGUAGGUGGUUACCAAAAAACUGUAUGUCGGAGUGCUGCAAUGGACUGUUUUAUUUUUUAUUUUUUUUAUAGUUUUUGAAACUUGAUGGACCAAAAUUCUGCUGCACUGAAUUUUAAAUGUCUCUCUAAUGAGUUCCCUGACUUUAUGGAAGUGCAAUACUAAAUCUCUAAACGGAGCUCACAAUCAGUUUUAAAGGGGACCUAUUGUGCUCAUUUCAAUUCAAUUUUAUAUAAAUUCCCAAAAACAUUCGCCUCAAGGCGCUUAAUGUUGUGGAGUAAAGAAGAAACCACAAUAUUGGAAAGAAACCCCAACAAUCAUAUGACACCCCCGCCUACCAGUGAGCAAGAACCUGGCAACAGUGGGAAGGAAAAACUCCCGUUUAAAGGGAAGAAACCUCUGGCAGAACCAGGCUCAGGGAGGGGCAGCCAUCUGCUGCCACCGGUUGGGUGCUGAGGGUAAAGAGCGCCAUAUUUUUAUUCUUGGGCUCUACUAGGUAGCUUUGCAUGAUUCACAGACAAAAGUAACUCCUUAUUUUGCUUAAUCUAAGCAAAAUACGCCUUCAGAAAGAUUCAGAAAGUCACGUGAGAGGUGGGUGGAGAUUCUGAGCUCACAGUUAUCUGCCUCAGAUGACCGUAUCAAGGAUUUCCGCUCUCUCGGUGACAUCAUAAAAAUGUCUUCUGUAGCCUGAUAAACUUUCAGAAACCAAACGUUUAGUUUGAAGCCUUAGCUUUUGGUUCACAGCGAUUAUGAGGAGCAGUAUGAAAGGAAAGCAUAGCAGGUCCCUCGCUAUAAACAAAUCACGAGCACAGUUCUGUAACAAGUUUCAAAAUUAAUCAAGAGACGUGCAGAACAUGACUUCUUCUUCUACUCUGUCACUUUACACACCUUAUUCGCCCGACGGCCCUGCCUCGCCACGCCAGGCUGCAUCAUUUGUGGGCGGAACAGCAGCAGAGCAGAGCAGGUUGACAUUUUCAAGGAGCCCUGUGUGGGUGUCUGUCACGUGAGCUCUUUAAAAUUCCCAGAUAAACAAAGCUCUUAGCUGCUCUGCUUCACAGUCAGAUAUACGUACGCAGACUUGUAUAACUGCAAAUUGUUGUGACGACAAUUCGGGAACAGUCGUGGAUGUCCAUUUCUCCGUGUUCUUCCAGUACCGCAUAUUUAUUAUCCCACACUGGUCACAGAAUGUUUGCUGGGUGCAGGUGAAGGAAAUGUGGAAAUGUAAAGGUUUGCUGACACAAUAGAGAAAACACAAAAGCACUUGUUGAUUUUUUUUUUCAGUUUUAGACAAUCCUGCCUUGGUUAUCAGCUACUCUGUACAUAAUGUUUGCUUAAAAAAUGACCAACCUUUGAUGUUAUAUAAUAUUAAGGUCAUACUAACGAGUGGCAAAGUUGAAGUUUACAGGUGUUCACUCUGUAAGCGUUUUCUCUCCAAAGGUUGACGACAGACGAGCAGAGAGAAUUAUAUUAUGUAUAACAGUAGUGUUGAAAUUGCAGUUGUGUACUAGAUACUUUAUAUUAAAUGUGCAUCAGAGUCAUAUAGAGAUGGAAAUUAUUUAAGAAGAGGUUAAAGUUAAUAAUCAGCUAUUUAUUUCUAUAAAAAAAGAGCGAUGUGUAAUACUGUUGGCAUGUUUGUGUUCACGCAUCAGUCAUUGAGUUGCCUUCUUUACUGUUCUGCUACUGUGGCGAGAAAAUUAUUCGAUGUUUAAAGAGCUUUGAUUGCCUGCAGGUUAAUAAUCUUUAUUUCAACCCGUCUGUUGUUGCACUAGUGAAAAACAAAACAGGAUUUAAAAAAAAGAAGAAGAUAUUUCAGAUGUUUAUUAUAAGAGUGUUGUUUUUAAUGUUCAGCUAUCUCGCAGUAUUUUAACAGAAAUAUGAUGCACUUUCCCCCCCUUUUAUCGGCCGGCCGGUCGUCGGUUGUGUCGGGAGCGACGGCGGUCGGCCUGCCCAUCGGCGCCUUCUGAUGGGCUACUAAAAAGGAACUCUUCGCUUACGUGUCGGUUUCAUUGGGAAGGUGAUUUCGGAAACACGAUAAGCGAUACUUUUACGAUCUUCUAUAAGUGAACAGACAUACGGUUUCUCAUCUGUCAUACCUCUUCAUGUUGGGAAGGGGAAAAGAUCGACCCUGAUUCAGCUACAUUCAAGUGUUUUUUAGGUUACCGAUAUGACCUUACGCUCAUCUAUUUUGAAACGUUUUUAAUUGAUUUGCUUUAGUUUUGCUUUUAUUUGCCGAUUUCACGCGCGCACCCAUCAGUACAUCAGUUGCUUUAUUUUGAAGUUGGCCUGCUGAGGUUGUUGCAGAGCCCUUUUGUUGCCCUCUAAACCUGCAGAUUAGAGGUGCCAAGCGUGCUCCAGUGACUCCUUUUGGUUCGAGUUAUGAUCCUGUAGUUUUUUCAUUGUUUUGAAAAUGGAAGGUACUUUCUCAUUCACUUUUGUUUUGUUUGUUUUAUUUAAAUCAAGUGUCCUCUGUUGCAGUUACCCCAGUUUAUCAUAGUGUGCAAUAGAGAAAUGGUGUCUGAGUGUUCAUGUACCUCUCUGUACAUAUUUUAUGUGUGAUUGAUUGUAUUCUGCCCAUUCAUCUGAACAGUAUUUUACACAUUACCUCAACACUUAACUGGGCAAUUAAGUGUGCCGUUUGUCUUUGUAAUCUUUGUUUUCCUUUUAUUUUUUGACCGCCGGCUGAUCCAUGAACUUCAUCCGAUUUGCUUGAGACGAAAUUAAUUCUGUUGCUGGAAAAACAACAACAACAAAAAACCCAAAUAACUUUCCCAAAACAUGAUCAGCCUUCUCUGAUGACUGCAAUAGAUAAAAAUGUUUUACUGCUCAUUUUCACUCAUUUUGUUGUCAUCAAUAAAAACUGCUUUAAAUUGUA